CUGCAGCUCCAGACAUUGUAUCUUCAGAGACAACUGCAGCUCCAGACAUUGUAUCUUCAGAGUCGGUAACCUAUCUAUCCGAGAGUCUUCUAUUGACUAAUAAUGGAGAUUUCAUAAGUGACACCGUUCAGACCUCAUCACCUGCUGGCAUCCUAACAUCAUCUAACGAUUUCGUCUUCAGUCCCGCCACUGAAACGCCGAGUCUUAUCGAUUCAGUACCGGCAACUCUGGACACCUUACACGGCGAAAUAAUUACGACAGUUACCUCCCCUUUAUCGUCGUCUCUUAGUCUUGACCCGGCAGGGAUCUCCCCUGACUUGACUUUGCUGACGACAACAGAUACCAGUUCACUUUUGCCGGAUGGGACACAGGGCCAGAGCUCAAGCCCCGUUGAAUCAGCCAGUGUAACGGAUGCAGCCUCCUACCCACCUCAGACUCAGGAGGCGGUCAUCACAUCCGCCCUGAGCGUGUCCGUAACUGCUGAGCUGAACACUGGCUCCACUUUCACUG